UGCAGCCGGCUGAGCAGGGGAAUGAAUGCGAGUGGCUGCAGGGAGCCGAGCACUGCCCGGCACCGCCAGCCAGCACCGCCGGGCUCAGCCGAGGGCACCGGGCAGGGCCGAGGGGCUGGGCAAGGCGUGGGGCUCUAGGGAACCUGUCCGUGGGGGCAGGGAGCCCUGUGUGCCCGGGGGGCAGCCAUGGGCUGCUGCAGGCUCCCCGGGCCCGUGCUGGCCCUGCUGCUGCUCCUGUGCCCGCCGUGCCUGCCAGCCUGCCCGGCCGCCUGCCGCUGCUCCCCGGGAGAGGCGGACUGCAGCGAGCGGGGCCUCCGCCAGGUGCCCUGGAGCCUCUCGACCAACACCAGCGCCCUGUGGCUCGGCUACAACUUCAUCACCGUGCUGGGACCGCGCUCCUUCCCUCCGCUGCCGGGGCUGCGGCUGCUCAGCCUGGCCCACAACCGCCUGGAGCUGAUCCACAGCCGGGCGCUGCUGGGGCUCGGGGCGCUGCAGGAGCUGGACCUCAGCCACAACCACCUCAGCGUGCUCACCCCCGAGACCUUCCUGCCCCUCACCAGCCUGGCCACGCUCAACCUGGGCAGCAACAGGCUGGGGGAGCUGGCACCCGGGGUGCCGGGCGCCUUGCCCCAGCUCCGGGCGCUUCUGCUGCAGGACAACCCCUGGGUGUGCAGCUGCAGCAUCCUGCCCCUCUGGCGCUGGCUCAGCCACAACAGGGAAAAAGUUCAAGAGAAGAGUUUCCUCCUCUGCAGAGUCCCAGAGCAGCUGAACAAGUAUCCAAUCAUGGCCUUUGGGGACGAGUCCUUCAGGCAGUGCCAGGAGACCUCACUGUCCCCCCAGCACUACAUCGCCUUCUUCAUCAUCGGACCCUUCUCCUUCAUGGCCAGCAUCUUCUUCUGCACCUUCCUGGGCUCCCUGGUCGUGUUCUACCACAGCCUGCGCCGGGAGUCCCACUGCUGGAGGAGACCCCGCGUCUGCAGGGUGCACUGAGGGGCUCAGCCGGGCUCUGCCCUGGCCAGGCUGGCCUCCAUCCACGCCCCUCUCCGGCUGCCUGCACCCACCUGUUGCAAACUCGUCCCUGUGGAGCAGCGAGAGGAAGUUCUGUUCCUGGAAUCGCUCUGGGUUCUCUCAGGGUCCCCCAAGAUGGUGCCAAGCUGCCUCUGCCAGGGGAGAGAAGCCUCCAGCUCAGCUCCCUGCAGGGCACGGGCUGACCCAAAAUGCUCUCAGUGUUUUGGGGGGCUCCCCAAGGCCACCCUGAGAUCUGCCUAUCCCCCUCCUGGGGGCAUCCAGGUGAUCCUUCUCCCCUUGUCCUGCCCCCUGUGCUGCCCAGUCCCUCAGGGUGUGUUUAGGAUGCCCCAUAUGCCUCACUGUGCCUUUAGGUGCAGCCGGGGAGUACCUGUGUGCAUCCCAGGACACACCACAUUCCUCUUGGUGCCUUUCAGGCCCUCCCAGGAGUCACCAUUUGCCUUUUGGUGCAGCCCAGGAGCCUCUGUGUGCCUUUCAGUUUUCUCCUUGGGCCUUUCGAUGCCCCCUGCACUCUCUGACUGCCUUCAGUGACCCCAGCAGCCUCAGUGCUUUUUUCUGUGCCCUCAGGACUCCUUGAGUUGGUGUUUCCUGCACCUAAAUGCCAUGUUUGGCUCCUGUGUCCUGGCAGGCACUGUUUUCCUUUUAGGGUACCUCAGAGCUCUCUGGGUGCCUUUUGGCACACCUGAAGAUCUCUGGGUGGUUUGGAGCAUUCCAGAGCCUCCGUGGGACUGUCAGACCAUCCCAGGCCUGUCAGUGUGCUGCCCAAGGACAGGGCUGGUUGCAAAAAGCUCCUUUUGAUAGUUUUUUUCCAUUGAGUCAGGAAUGCUGGUGCUGAGAUGGCUCAGCCAACAACCAAGGUCUAGGGUGAGGCUGAAGUUGAGGGUGAGGGCCAGGAAGAGCCUUGAGCUGCCACUGAUGUGGUUUGGCAGAGCAGCUGCCAAAGGAUGGGUGAGGCUACAGUGGUUUCUCCCUCAGUAGCUUUUCCCUAGGCUACAGCUCAUCCCCAGCCAAGGUAUGGGGUUAGCUCAAUGCUGGGAGUGGGGACAAACAAGCCCUUUACAGGAGCCCUUUACAGCAGUCCUGGCUGCUGCCUCACCUCCCAUCACCCACAAAUCGGGGCUGGUGCUGCCCCUGCACCUCCCUGCCCUGUUCCCUCCUUCUUUUUCCUGUGGAAAUGCUGCUGGAAAUGCUUAGUGAGCGUGCUGGGAGAUGGCCUGGAAGGAUCUAGAGCUGAGCUCCAGGAGAAAGCCACAAGCUGGGGUGACAAAAACACCUUUCAAGGAGAAACAAGAGCCCUUUUUGGCCUGACCUCUUAGCCACUGCAAGAUGAUCAGAGCCACAAUGAGAUGCUGUGACCACCAGCCUUGUUCACUUCAUCUCCUUCCCACGCAAGAGCUGGGACCUGCCAGGGCUGUGGCAGGAGUCAGUGCAUCCUUCAGCAGGCUCUUGGCAAGGGUUCCGUGAAUCACACAUAAAUAAACCAGCUGUCACCUCAGGGGUGGCCUGCUCCCGUUUUCAUUUGUAAGAGAAGCCAGCCCCAUGUGCUGC